AGGGCGAGGCCACGCCCCCAUCCUGCCCUCACCCAAGAUGGCGCUGGCCAGCCUGCUGCCGCUGGAGCUGCCCGUCAACCGGCCCGGCUUCUUCGGGCUGGCGGGGCGCUGCGAGCUCCAAGCCCCCGGACCCCGCCCGGCCCCGGGCCCGCCUGGCUUGGCACCGCCCGCCUGGGGGCUCCCGGCCGCGGGGGAUGCCGGGAUCGAGCUGCUGCACGGGACCACCACGCUGGCCUUCAAGUUCCAGGAGGGCGUGGUGGUGGCGGUGGACUCGCGGGCCACGGCCGGCUCCUACGUGGCCUCGCAGACGGUGAAGAAGGUGAUCGAGAUCAACCCCUACCUGCUGGGCACCAUGGCGGGCGGCGCCGCCGACUGCAGCUUCUGGGAGCGGCUGCUAGCCCGGCAGUGCCGCAUCUACCAGCUGCGCAACAAGGAGCGCAUCUCCGUGGCCGCCGCCUCCAAGCUGCUGGCCAACAUGGUGUAUCAGUACAAGGGGCUGGGGCUCCACAUGGGCACCAUGAUCUGCGGCUGGGACAAGCGGGGCCCAGGCCUGUACUACGUGGACAGUGAGGGGAACCGCCUCUCGGGCACGGCUUUCUCCGUGGGCUCGGGCUCGGUGUACGCCUAUGGGGUGCUGGACCGCGGCUACGCACCCGACAUGCCAGCCGAGGAGGCCUACGACCUAGCCCGGCGCGCCAUCUACCAGGCCACCUACCGCGAUGCCUACUCCGGGGGCGAGGUCAACCUGUACCACGUCCGGCGGGACGGCUGGGUCCGCGUCUCCACCGACGACGUGGCCCAGCUCCAUGCCCACUACCGCGGGGACCCGCAGGGGGAUGGGGCCGCCUGAGCGCGGGGUGGGGCCCCGGGGGGGGGCAGGGCAGGGAGGGCCUGGAUUGGCCAUGGGGGUUCCCUGGAGGUUACAAAGGAAGGGGUGUGGCUGGGCUAACUGCACGUGGCGGGGGCAUGGCCUAUAAUGGGGUGGUAGGGCCAUGGGGUGGCUGGGGGGGCCCAUGGCGCGAGGACCCUGCUGGUUCCCUAUAAAGCUUGUUUCUGCCCCACA